GAAGUUCUGCUUAGGAUUGUACUUUUAUUUUGAGCCUACGUACGUAUUUUGACGAAAAGCUGUUCUAAAGAAGUAAACUUAAUGUUGGCCAUAGCCUGAGAAUGUCCUUCCAAGAAAAAAAUGUUCAAUGCAUAGACUGUCGCACUAAGAUGACGAACUUCACAGUGAUCAAGGACGAUCGUUUGUGUAAUCCCUGUCUGCAUAACUCCACCUGUGCCGAUACCACUUCUGCCUUCAAGAUAGAAUUUCUUGAUUCUAGUGAAAAUAAAUCCAACACAGCUAGGAAUUUGGUUGUCAAAAUAGAAGAUGAGGCAGACACAUCUUCGCGACAUAAUCGGGUUAUCAAGCUUGAACCAACAACUGACGAUUAUAGAUCAGUUCCACAUGAUCCAAUUCCAUUCAUCAAAUCAGUUAGUACUUACCGAAGCGGUCAUCUUCCAGAUGGUGUGGUUGUCCAGAUCGAAAAUGAUACUGGACAUGGGAACGACACUUCGAUGCUUCAACCAGAUCGACAAACCCGGAAUGCAAUCAUCGAACCUGAGAUUCCAAAUUGCGUUGAAAAACUUCAUUCUCAACUCGAUCAAUCAGUACUAGUCAAACAGGAACCAGUUGACGAUGAUGAUGGCAUGGUAGUCGAUUCCCAAAAUACGUCAACAAAUGUGUAUCAUGAUUUUCAAAUAAAAGAAGAAAUCACCGUUGAGGAACCUCAACUUACGGAAGUUACGCUGGGUCCUGUCGAAAGAAAACCACUCGUUAAAUGUCAACAAUGCGAAAAAAGUUUCCUAAAGCGGGCCGCUCUUUAUCAGCAUGUGAAACGGAUGCAUCUUGCUACAAAGCUUAGUUGCGACGUUUGCGGUUCCGAAUUCGCCAACACAGAUAGACUCGGUUAUCACAAGCGUACAGCUCAUAAGUCUCCACAGCUGCAGUGUCCACAAUGCCCGAAGAAGUUCGCUUUGCCCAACGGCCUGAAGCACCACAUCCUGACACAUUCUGCACCCAAAAAGGAUCGCCGUCCGGAAUGCGAAAUCUGCGGUAGGAAGUUCAAAUCGCGCGUCAGAUUGCAGCAGCACAUGGAGCGCAAAACGGUUCACAUGGAGCGAAAAUGCCCUGUUUGCGAAAUGGUAAUUUUGGGAUAUGAACGCUUCGAAGAGCACAUGUCGACUCAUCCGAAACCGCCGAAAACUCCACAUCGAUUGAAGGAUUUCAAAGUUGCUUGCAGGUAUUGUGACCACAAGACUACCAGUAGGUCCCUAUUGCGCAAACACAACGAUGAGUGUCACGCGGAAGAGAAGACAGUCCGCUGUCGAAUUUGUUUCGUUUGUUGCAACGGGAAAGAGUUGUUCGAGCAACACAUCCGAGAGCAACACGAAGGUAAGCAGCGUCAGUGUGACAUUUGUUUGGAAGGCUUUGUAGAACUUGCAGAGCUGGAUGAGCACAAAGAGAAAUGCUUAGGUCGACAGCUUUUCCAAUGCACUUUUUGCCAAAUAAAUUACGUUAAACAGGAAGCACUCACAAAGCACAUUGAAAAUCAUAAUGCAGCGGUAAAUACCGAAGGAUCGGAGUUUCGAAUACGUAGCAUGCAAAAGAUUUUUACUUGCACCCUUUGCGGAGAUGAUCGAGGAUACGAGGAAGACCCGUACAAUGCACACGUUAAAACACUUCACAAUGGUUAUCACAUUUUGUGCCCAGAUUGUGGCGCUAAAUUCCGUCUGCAUAAAAGCUUCGUCAAUCACCGAUCCGGUCAGUGUACGGCUGGUGAAAAAGCUAAAGAGAAAGUAUCCAUUAUGUAUGCACCAAUCAUUACUCAAUGCUUACACUGUCCACGAGCAUUCAAGAAUCGCUGGAGAAUGGAAGAGCACGUACGUAAGAUUCACAAAGCCAAACCGGCAGAUUGUGACAUAUGUGGACUGAAGCUGGCCAGUGCCAGUUUAGUGAAGUCGCAUAAGUUGUGGGUUCAUACUGAAGCCAACUUCAAAUGUCCGCACUGUGAGAAGAAGUUUGUAAGCAAGUACUAUUUUCAAAAACAUUUGCUUACGCAUCAGGAGGGCAGUUACCUAUGCGAGGAGUGCGGAGGAAAGUACAAGUCGAAGCCUAUCCUCAAAUUACACAUCAAACGAGUGCAUAAUCCAGAUAAGAUGCGGCGCAACAAAGCAGAACCCGUGGACGCAACGGAUGCCUCGACAAAUGUAGAAUCCGUUAAGUGUGAGGUUUGCAGCAAGGACUUCAAAGGUCCGGUGCGGCUGCGAAUUCACAUGAAGAUACAUGACCCCAAUCGGAAGCAGUACGACUGUCCGGCUUGCGAGGCAAAAUUUGUGACGAGAAUAGGACUGAGACAACAUAUGGCCAACGAUAACGUACAUCACGAAGCGACCUGUGCGGUCUGUAGUACGUACUUCCGAAAUAGAGAUCGGUACGAGGAGCACAUGCUGAAGCACGCGAGUGAAUAAUUUUCUGAUCCAGGAUUAAUCUAUAGAAUAUAAUUUUUAGAAUGAAUUAGAAUGAAUUUUGUUCCUAA